AUGUCGAGAGUGGCGUCGGAAGUCGACGCGUGGGACGACGACCAGUUUGCCGAAGACGAGUUGGCUGAGUCUGUUGGCACGAGCUCGGGCACUGAGGCAGGUGUGGAUACAGAUGCAGAUGCAGAUGCAGCGUCUGCGGAUGAGGGGCAUGACAAUGAAUCUGUUGACGAUGUGGAUGAACGUGUGGCAUUGCUACGUGCGCCGAUCCUAUCUAUUUGCUCGGCAUUAGGUGGUUAUGAGCAUAUGAUGCGACAAGGACGCACAGAGAUCGUCUAUCGGAUUGGUGAUGACUGUUUAGAGUGCUUGCGUGAUUUGAGACGGCUGUGGCGACAAGACGAUACAGAUGCAAGCCGCGCCAUUGCGCGCGUGCUCGCGGAUCUCGGCACGCUGCACAAUGACCUGAUUCCGAUUCUCUUGCACUGUGCGGGCGCAGAUGCAAGUGAAAAGGAGCAAAAAAUUGCUUUGGCAUGCACAGACUUGAUGACAGCGCUCACAUGGCCAAUCGAUUGGUCGGCAGAGCUGCAUGAUAUUGCGACGCGUGAAGAAGAUGAACAUGUUCUAAGCAAACUUCUUGAACUGCAAGGCGCGCAGGUACAAUACAAGGCAUCUAUCCUGCGCGUACGCGCUAAGGAGCCACGGUUGAGUGAUCGGACUGUGCUGUCGUGUGUCUUGCGGCAUGUGCUCGUGCCCUCGCUCAAGCCCCGCACAGAGCGCACAGACCGCGAUAUCGGCGUCGUAAGCAUGUGCUUGCACUUUUUCCGCAACCUGCUGACGAUUCGCGAUCCACCCCUGCACACGACGAAAAGCUCUACCAAUAUCGCCAAUACAGCCCUUCACAGCGUUCUUGUCCAGCAAAUGGAGUCUGCGCAUAUCCUUGCUACGCUGCGCAUGUUGGCGAGUCAAGCGGACUCGAAAGACUACGACCUAUGGACGCCUGUUGUUGCUGACUGUGUCUACCAAAUGUAUGCAGGCAGCAUCCCAUCGCAGCUGUCGAACGCGGGGGGAGCAAAUGCACAAGCAUCCAAUUAUGCAGGUGCUCGUGGGCCGGCGCACUUGCUGGCGCAUUCGCUAGCGUCCGAGGCACGUACGAAGCGGGCAAGUUUGCGCGGUGCGAGUGCACGACAUUCGCGUUUCGGCACAUCAAUCCAGUUCCGUGCGCAUGAUGGCACAUUGCGCAUGGCGCAUUCGCCGGCAGCAUUGACCGACAGUGUCGCGCAUUUGGAGCAGCGUGUGAUGGACCGUACGAAGCGGCGCGUGUCGCGACAGCGGCCAGCGACGGAGCGCGGUGCCCCGCCACGGCGAGUGCUGUGGACACCGGGUGCAGCCGCUGUGUUGUGUCGAUGGGCCGAUCAAUUCGUGCAAGAUGGGCUACUUGACGUCCUGGUGCGUGCGUAUCUGCGGGACAUCCACGCGGAGCGCGAGCGGGUCGGAGACCUUGACAUGGCAAGAUGCAAAGCCAUGUAUAUCGCCUCGUUUUUCAUCGAUUAUGCGCUUGCACGACACAUGCGACUCGAGCUCGUAAGCGCGUGGCUCGAGCCGUGGUCAUUCCGACUCGUUCGCGCACGGACAGCAGUGGCUCUCGAGAACCGGCAGUGGCUCGAGUUCACGGUGAGUCUGCGCCUGUGGACGGUGCUUCUUAAGCUCGUUGAUGCUCUGUCACGCGGCUCGCCCACCGAGCAAGAAGCCGCGGAUUCACUGCAACACACACUGUACUAUGAUGGGGAUCUACUUGAUACAGCACUGCAUGCCAUGCAUGCGUACUCGGCCCAAAGUUUUGCGUGCCUCGAGGCUGUCGUGGACUUUGCCUACAUGAUGCCGCGCCUCCUGGAGCGUCAUGCAGCAAAGAGUGCAUACAUGUUUGUGAAGCAGCGACGACGCAGGCAGCCAGGUCAGCAUGACACAGACGACCAGACGGACGUCCCUCCAGACGCCGAUACAAACGUCCGCUCAGAGCGCGUGUUUCGUUUCGAGUCUUUUGAAAGAGCUAUGGCAUCGGCAUCUCUUGUACAUGCAUGCACUCAGUACCUCGCUCGCUAUCGAGACUCUGAACAUGCUCAUGUCAUGCUGCCGAAACUCGCGUCCGUCGUGUAUCGGAUCAUUGUGCGAGUCUCACGCGUCGCUCUGUUUUUCAGUGCCAAGGUGCGCCGUGUGUGGGCACAUGCGAUGCGCGACUCCUUUGCGCUGCGUCAAGCACACGAGCGCGCAGCGAGUGAUCUCACUCGCCUAUACCACAUUAUCCACAAGUCGUUUACACGGCUCAGUGAGGCGUCGCGCGCUGCGUACAAUGCGGAUCGCCGGCCACCUAAGCCUGCUCUCGAAAUGUUUGUUCGCUCCGACCUGUCCCACAGCGAGCAGAUUGGCGUGGCUGUUGGCCUGCUAGCUGAAGCACACAAACUCACAUGUGUCUCGUGGGUUCGAGCUGCAUUGGAACGUGCAAGUGCAGAACGAAUGGCGAUGGGCGACAUGGAUCCCAUGCAUCCACCGCCGGCGUUGCAAGCACAAUUCCCUGUGCACGAACUGCCCGAUGGCGGCGGGCAUGAUGCCGUGCAUUGCGCUCCGCUACGUCUCCUAUGUCGCCUGGUCGGUCUCAAGUCUGAGGCGCGUGGCUCCGACGCCACCGUCUGGUACGUGCCGACGGACUGUGUGCCUGGCGCAUUGACUCGUUGCGCGCGGGUGAUCGAUCAGUACCUUGCUGAGCCGUUCGUCUUGGAAGGCCACGCUCUUUCUGAUCUUGUGCGCAUGAAGCGACCGACUCAGGGCUCACGAACAAGUGACCACGCAAGGAAAAAGGCGCGGCAAGAGAGCAGGGCAUCACCAUUGCAGGCUGACGCAAGUGAAAGCGACAACGGCAGCGAUGGCCACGAGCGCUUCGUCUUCAGCACGAAUGCUGAGCACAGUGAACGCGACGUUCCCGGUCUGUCGGACACGUACACAGCGUCGCAGACGGCGAGCUCGUCGCCCCUUGCUGAUCAUGCGCCUGAAGCCUCCACGGAUCGCGGUGUGACUGACGCGACGCGCGCAACGGGGCAUCUUGCGCCAACACCUGCUCUCGUGCUGCAGGAGGGUCUGUACCACAAAGAGGCACCGAUCAGCGCGAGGCCGAUCCGCACCGGUUCGCCUGGCCUGUUCUUUUCAGACUCGGAUGACAAUUAA